CUACAGGCGCGCGCUGCCACGCCCAGCUAACUUUUGUGUUUUUAGUAGAGACAGGCUUUCACCAUGUUGGCCAGGCUGGUCUCAAAUUCCAGAUCUCGGGUGAUCCACCCACCUCAGCCUCCCAAAGUGCUGGGAUUACAGGUGUGAGCCACACACAUCCUUUAAAGGAUGUGUUCCAUCCUUUAAAACAUGCCACAGUGAGCUAGGCCGUGAGCUUACUUCCUCUGAGGAGGGACCUGCUUCUGGCCUUCUGCCCUCUUCCUUUCAGCACUGUUUCUUCCUCCUCAGUCCCCCGACGUCCUGAUUUUUUGUGUAUUUGUUUCGUUUUGUUUUGCCUUUGGGAGACAUGUUUCUGCACACGGCAGGCGCAGCCCACCGCCAGAACCCCUCACACCUGCCACCUUCCUCCCUCAUUGCCACCUGCAGCUUAGGAUGCUGGUUGUCAAAAUGAAAAUACAAAGUUAUGCAAAACUCAGGUUGUAUUUUCAGCCAUGUACUUUUCAUAGGCAUAAGUUCUGGAACUCUGAAACUGAGGUCAUGACAAAGCAGAUUUGCCCUCAGAAGGUUCCAGAAUCCUUGUGACGCCUUCCUGUUCCUAAUGGUAGCACUGUAUCUAUCCUAGCAUUAUAUCUACAGAGCAGAGGCAGGACCUUUGGCAGGAGACACAUCCCUUCUCCUGUGGUGUGUCAGUUAGCGUAGAGAAGCAAGCCGGCAUGGACUUGAGAGCCGGGGAGAUGAAAGCAUGGAAAUAAAAAAGCAAAUUACAGGGAUGAGAAGAUUGCUGAACGACAGCACUGGGCGGAUCUAUCAGCGAGUUGGCAAAGAAGGAGAGAAACUAAAAGAAGAGCCCCAGGACCUGGAUUUAGUCUGGCCUCCACGUUUGAACUCCUCUGCUGAGGCCCCGCAAAGCCUCCACCCGUCUUCACGUGGUGUGUGGAAUGAGCUGCCGCCCCAGAGUGGACAGUUCUCAGGGCAGUAUGGCACCCGUUCUAGAACCUUCCAAAGCCAGCCCCACCCUACCACGAGCUCCAAUGGUAUGGUUGUCAACAAACAUUCAGAAGGCUCUCAUGGGGGAGAACUUCCAGUGGUGAAUUCAUCAGCUGGAUCAAACUGCUGUACUUGUAACUGCCAGUCAACGUUGCAGGCCAUUCUACAAGAACUCAAGACCAUGAGGAAAUUAAUGCAAAUUCAAGCAGUUGGAACUCAAAACAGACAACAACCCCCAAUUUCCCUUAUAUGCUCCCAGCGAACUGCUGUCUCACGAAAGAGAAAUAAAAAGAAAAAAGUGCCCCCAAAGACUGUGGAACCUCUUACUGUGAAACAGAAGCCCAGUGGGUCAGAGAUGGAGAAAAAGUCGGUGGUGGCCUCUGAGCUAUCUGCUCUCCAGGCAGCCGAGCACACCUCCCCGGAGGAGAGCCGCGUUCUAGGAUUCGGCAUUGUUCUGGAAUCACCUUCCUCAGAUCCAGAAGUACAACUUGCUGAAGGCUUUGACGUGUUUAUGCCUAAAUCUCAGCUGGACUCUAUAUUGUCAAACUACACUCGCUCAGGAAGCCUUCUGUUUAGAAAACUGGUGUGUGCGUUUUUUGAUGACAAGACUUUGGCUAACUCCUUACCCAAUGGGAAGAGGAAAAGAGGACUCAAUGACAACCGGAAAGGACUAGACCAAAAUAUUGUGGGUGCAAUAAAAGUCUUCACAGAAAAGUACUGUACAGCUAACCAUGUGGAUAAGCUUCCUGGCCCAAGAGAUUGGGUACAGAUUCUACAGGAUCAAAUUAAACUGGCCAGAAGAAGGUUAAAAAGAGGCUCAGAGAUCGCGGACAGUGAUGAAAGACUGGAUGGCAUUUCUCUACCACCAACAGGUAAAUUAUCUUUUAGGCCAUUUUCCAUGACUGGACAAUAUGUGGAUAUACUCUAAUAGUAACACACAUUCGUGGCCUUUCUCAUAAAAAAUCAUUACAAAUUUCCAAUUUCUACAAUUGCUCAUGGAGGACAACUAAAGCCUUGGCUAAAAACUUAGCGACUUAAGUGUGAAACACAGACACCUCCCCAGUAAAUUGUUCACUUGUCCAGAACGCCCACCUCCAGCCAUGUCACAGAACCGUGUACAACUCUUCCUUAGAGAAGCGGCUCUCCGCCUUCAUUUUCUUGUCUCUGUUGUAGGUAAUAUAUUUGACACCAGGAGAGAAAACACGGAGGACACAGAACCAGGUUUCAUUGCCUAGACUUUGAUUUUAGUGACAUUGUUCAGUGGCAUAUGUAACUUCCGUUUGAAUUUCCACAAAGAUCCACGUAGCAUUUCAGGUUCCUGCAAAGUGUGGGUGUUCUGUGAAGUUUACCUGUCAUGAUUGAAUAGUUUCAUAUACUUUCUUUGUAAUGUGUGAUAACCAAGCCUCCAAUCUGGUAUAAGAUUUUUUAAAUCAUUUUUAGGGUUCAUUUGUUACCCUUUAAAAGUCCAGCAUAUGAUUCAGUGAGUUCAUUGUCCAUUAUAAAGAAGUGGUUCUCUCUUCCCUGUUUUCAUUCAAAACCUCAGUGUGAAUAUAGAGCUUUGAAACAUAUUUAUUUUAAUGUAAAUUGCUUAGAUGCAGUAUAAAGGAGAAUGGCUCUUUCCAGUGCUGAGAGAGCAGUUGUGAAGGCCAAGAUUAAUGAGACCUUCAUCAUCUUAGAAGAUGGAAAAGUUGUUUUGGGAGAUAGGAUAGCUCUGACCUGUAAGAUGAAAUCAUUCAUGACGUCAGUGCCCCCCAAAUAGCCAUUUGUAACUGAGUAAGUGCAAAUGACCUAUGAGUUCUUAGGAAAGAAAAACCUUUCACCUAAGUUGCGUCAACACAAUGACAAAAUAACUAAUUAAAAGGUGAGAAAACCAGUCAAUUAUCUACAUGAUACCUGACAGCCACUUUAACAGAUGGUCUUAACGGAGUGCUACAGGGUUUUGGCACCAUGUGGCAACUAGCUAAAAAUGUACUUAAUAUUAUAUCAUUUAUUUGGUUCCUAGUAUACUUGCCCUCCACUUUAUAUAAAACUAAUUUAUGAAAAUCUGGAUUUAUUUUAAAAAGAUAUCUUGCCAUGAAGGUAUUUGUUUUAUAGAAAUAUUUACCUCCAGAUUUCUUUCUCUAAUAAGAUGGUGAAUUUAAAACACUGUGUUAUUUAGAAACACUGCAUUUACACUUCAUUUAUUGUAUAAAGCAAAUUGCAUUGAAUCUUCGCCACUUGACCCAAAGGCCAAAAAUUGGCAUGAGAACAAUUUGGACUACACAUCACCAAACCCGGGGUUCACACCUGUCCACUAGCAGUUCCAAUGCCUUCCCCUAGCCCUGGAUUUGGCAAAGCACAGAAUGUUAAGAGCUAAAAGUUAUUGGAGAGGCUACUCAGUCCCACCCGGGAAACUGAGGAUGAAUGAGGGUAAGUGGUUGCCCAGAGCCCGUUAACCCCUCCAUGGCUGGGGCCCUGCCUAGAACCCGAAUUCCCUGACUACCCUGUCCAAGGUAUUCAUGUCACAUCACACUGAAACGCUAAACCUAGAGAUAGGAGGGGCCCUCUGGGAUAAAUCCCUGUUCCACCAAAGACCAGCCAGUCAUCAAAGAUGAGAGAAGGCAUCCCUGUACUGUAACAAAAAGCUGGCUUUAGGCGUGGCUUGUAGAAUCAAUCUAACUACUAGACAAGUUACAUCUCAUAUAUGUGUGGCUUCUUUUUCUUCUUUUGGGGGGCUACAAGGAAGGUUUGGAGAAAUUAUUUCCAUCAUACCUUUUUGUUAGCCUUUUUCCAUUUCUGGCCAGUAAGUAAUCCCUUUCCUGACAACAGUCCCUUUGUUUUAUCAAGUGGUCUGAUGAAGUACUGCAAACCGCAGCUCUUGUGUUUUUUGCACCAUGGGUUUUAAAAUCCGUCCUCUGCCUCCCACAGGGAAAUACUACCCAAGGGAAGGGAAAAGAUUAAUUAGUGACCUUUCGCCCUGUUAAAAUAGGAUGAGUAUGUUGCUGGUCAAGGCAGAAACGCUAACUUCCAACUGUGGUCUGUUAAGAGAUCUGCUGGGAACCUUCAGAAGCACUGCCUUCCAAGGCGGGGCCACAGCUUGGAGUGUUCAGCACUUGAGGACGGGUGGGGCUUGUUCAACCCAAAGAUAUGUGCAAUGAAUGGAUCUACACAUUGGAAAUAUGUACCAAAACUGCAACAGUAAAAUCAUAUUUUGUAAAUUAAAAUUGUGUUUACUUACUGUGACUACUGUUCAGACUUUAUUCAGAAACCUUUUUAUAGGCUUUCUUAGCAAAAAAAAAAAAUCCGUAUCUAUGGAUAAUGUCUCAAUCUUCUGUAUAUAUGUUUUAUUAAUAUGUAAAUAUUUAGAUUUUUUAAAAUUACUAUGUUCUUUAAAAAAGAAAUCAAUGCAAGCCUGGUUGUGAAGAUGGUGUAUAACAUUGUGUUGUGGUAUCAAUUCCCAAGAUGCUCUUUAUGUCUGAUCUGGAAGAAUACAAUAAAUUACUUUAAUUGAA